UAUAAACUAAUGGAGAAACAUUUGAGAAGUUGACAAAACAACUGGAAAUAUACCACAAGAUGCACCUGUAAGGACAAUGAUAAUUGCCAAUCAGACUGAGAUUGACACCUGGACAGAGACCUGCAAUGAACCGUCAUACUUAUGCUCCCAAAGAUGUAACUUGUCUAAGAAGAGCGAUACCCAACUAUCACAAACCACACAAUCACCACAUCCUUGUUGUAACACCGAAGCCUAAGGCAACUGAAUACACAACACCAGGAGAUAUUUUCCAGAAUACAAUGUUAAUGUAAAAGGAACAUGGAGUUUUCAUGAAACAUGGAUGGAUGCGACCAUCAUUGAUCCAAUUGUACAUCGUAGAAAAUAAAUAUAAACGUUACGAAUAUCACCACAGCAAUACAAUAUAUCAUUUUGAGUAUAAAAUUUAUCACCAGUCGUACUGGUCUCACCAACUGAAGUUAUAUAUAGUUCCUCACAUAUAGAUGUCUCUAUGAUUGUAUGCAUGAGUUGCUGUGUGCUGCCUGACACUGUGAAGCAUGAAGAAACAGAACGUGCGUACAUUAUCCCUAAUAGUCUGUACAUUCACAUAUCUUCUCGUCGGGGCAGCUGUCUUUGAUGCACUUGAAUCUGAAUACGAAAAGUCAAACAGGGCGAAUCUUCAAAAACAAGAGAACCACUUUAAAACUAAAUACAACAUCACUGAAAAGGACUACGAGGACAUCAUAGAAAAUGUUAUAAAGUUAAAACCCUAUAGAGCAGGCAUACAAUGGAAAUUUGCAGGAUCUUUUUAUUUCGCCACAACAGUUAUUACCACUAUAGGCUAUGGACACAGUACACCAAAAACCGAUGCCGGGAAAAUAUUCUGCAUGGCUUAUGCACUGGUAGGGAUACCACUUGGGAUAGUCAUGUUCCAAUCUAUAGGAGAACGUCUUAAUACAUUCGUGACUUUGUUGCUCAAAGUCUUAAAGAAAUGUGCCAGAAUGAAGAAGACUGAAGUAUCUCAAACUAAUUUGAUAAUCAUUGUGUCAAAUCUCAGCGUAUUAGUCGUGACAGCGGGUGCCGCUGCGUUCAGCAAUUAUGAAAAAUGGCCAUACCUUGACUCCAUCUAUUAUUGUUUUAUCACAUUAACCACGAUAGGGUUUGGAGAUUAUGUAGCCAUACAGAAAGAUGGACAUCUCCAAUCAAAGCCAGAAUAUGUGGCAUUUACUUUGAUAUUUAUCCUUUUUGGACUAAGCAUUAUAUCUGCUGCUAUGAACCUUCUAGUGUUGAGAUUCCUUACCAUGAACACUGAAGAUGAACGACGUGAGGAGAUUGAAGCAGCUAAUGCCAGAGCCAAUGCCGUCAAACUAGAUGGUGAUGUAAUAUUAUCAAACGGGUCAAUGAUUACUGCACGUUUACAUGAGACCCAGGUAGACUUCCAAGAACCUGAUUUACAUUCGGUUUGUUCCUGUUCAUGCUACAACCUAGGACAUAGUUCCUCUAAUAGUUUAGAUAACACCAGGAAAAAACACAGGAAAAAUAAUUCAAAAUCAAAAGCAACGAGAUACAAAGUAACGAGAUCACCAGGCAGGAUAGGCCAUCUAUUGCAGCUAAAGACCAUAAAUGAAAGUUAUGGUCACAGUACACCUAAGACAGACAGUGGCAAAGUCUUCUGUAUGGCGUAUGCUCUAGUAGGUAUUCCCCUAUGUCUGGUCAUGUUCCAGAGUAUUGGUGAGAGGCUCAAUACAUUCGUAACUUGGAUUAUAAAAAACCUCAAAAAAUGUGCACGCACUAGGAAUUCCGAUACUGUAUCGCAGACUAAUCUAAUAGUGGUUGUAUCGAGCCUUAGUGUUAUUGUUGGUUGUGCAGGUGCUGCGGCUUUUAGGAGCUACGAAAAAUGGCCAUAUUUGGAUGCCAUCUAUUAUUGCUUUAUUACACUAACUACAAUAGGAUUUGGAGAUUUUGUAGCACUUCAGAAGAAGGAUACAUUACAAAAUAAGCCAGAAUAUGUAGCAUUCAGUCUAGUAUUUAUUCUGUUUGGGCUGACGAUUAUUUCUGCUGCAAUGAACCUGCUAGUGCUGCGAUUCUUGACAAUGAAUACAGAGGAUGAACGGCGUCAGGAAAUUGAGACGGCCGUCGCGAGAGCUCAAGCUGUAAGACUAGAAGGAGAUGUCAUAACUGCAAAUGGUAAUGUUGUUUCACUAGAGCAGAGAGAGGAAGCACUACCUGAGUUCAAAGAGCCAGAUUUACAGUCCGUCUGCUCUUGCACCUGUUAUAAUAUGCGUGAAAAGAAAACGAAGAACAGGCGGUAUAAAGUGACACGAUCUCCAGGGAAAAUUGCCCAUUUAUUACCAUUACAUAGACUCAGUGGAAGACCAUCCAAUGGUCAUCAAGAAUCACCACAUACUAAAGAUGAUAUUUAUAGUAAUUAUGACGAUAAUUCAGUUUUACAAAAUUUAUUAAAGACUAAAAGGGCAUCCAUUUAGCACCUUCUGUAAAUAGUGAAUGAGUUUAUAGUUCACACAUCAGAUUUAAAAUAGUACAUAAGAUAUGGUAUAGGAUUUAAAUGUUACAGUGAUAUGUGUGAAAUAUAAAGUCAUUUUGUUUUAAAAAUUAUAUUUGUUGUUAUAGUGACCAUUGAAAAACUAACAAUGAUUUUACCUUCCUUCCCAUUAAAAAUCUCUCGUUCAACAUUUUGAAUCGGGAUAUUCAUGCAAUAAAAAUAUCCGAGAGCAUGUUUUUACUUGUCUUAUAUCCUUUGUAAGGAAGUUCUCUCUUGUAAAACAUGCAGACUCAAAUGGACAGAUAAUUUGUUAUAUAAGUGCACCAUUUUUCUGUAUCAAUAGUGCAGAAGAACUGUCAUAUUAU